UCUUGGGUCCUUUUAAUGCCAUGAUAGGAAGCCGUUGUACUUCCACUAAGCGUUGGGACCGGCUUGAUGUAUAAUCUCUGCAUGUAGCAGCGGUGGUUCGCUGGUAGGAGGCGAUGAUAGGCAGUAGGACAGGCGCCCUCGUCGCCGGGGUAUGCGGCGCUUUGUUCAUUGGCUACUGCAUCUACUUCGACAGGAAGCGACGGAGCGAUCCUAACUUCAAGAGGAAGCUGCGGGAACGACGGCAAAAGCAGAAGACUGCAAAGGAAAAAUCAGAUGUGUCAUCGGUGCUGGACUUGAAGGAUCCUGAGAAGAUCCAGAAGUUCUUCUUGGAUGAAAUCCAACUAGGAGAGGAAUGUUUGGCUCAUGGGGACUAUGAAACUGGUGUGGACCACCUAACCAAUGCCAUCGCUGUGUGUGGACAGCCCCAGCAGCUCCUUCAGGUCCUGCAGCAGACCCUGCCCACUCCUGUGUUUCAGAUGCUCCUCACAAAGCUGCCCACCAUCAGUCAGAAAAUCAUCAAUAUGCAGAGCCUGGCUGAGGAUGAUGUCGAGUAAGCCAGUCCCCCCCCCCAAAUAAAUGUGCGGCCAUAUUGGUUCCUUUUGUUGCCAGUCCUCGAAUGUUUGCAUUUAAAACCUCUUGGAUUUACUAAUGUGUUAACAAAAAUUAUUCCUGCCAUUUGUUUUCUUUUGUUCUGUAUUUGUACAUCAUCCAUAACUAAGUUACCUGCAUAUGAAACGGAAGAACCGCGAAAUAUUACAAACAGGCAUGUUUCUCACACUAUGGAUUUCAACCCACGAAACAUGGGCAUUAAGCUAGAAGGUGCAAGUGACUGUUCGCCCUGUUUUAUGUUCUCCUUGCAGUCUGUAAUAUACUAAAUACGCGGCCCAUGACAGUCAUUAGAGGUCGCUGUAGAGCCGCAGCAAGACUGUUUAGAAGUUCCAUUGAUUUUUAUGGGUAAAUUACAGCAAAUGCCUGUGACAGCCGGAUGUGUCUUGGAAUUCCUUUGUUCCCUGUGCACCGUGGGUUUGAAUGGGAUGGUAAUACAUGCCAGCUCUACUGUAACUCAUCUUGAUGGCUCAACCUCUGAAGAGCGGGUUUGACUGGGGAGGUGGGGCGGGCUCACCUUGUCAGUGUCUUUUUAAACCAUUAACUCCAGUCCUCCUGAAGUGUUCUGUUUAUGAAGCCGUUAUAAUAAAAUGUUGGAUGAAACAACUUAACAACAGUCA